CACAGACAUUCUGCAGACACAAUAAAAGUGGUCUACAGCCUGAUUCACUGUUGAUGAUGGAGUGUCCACGUCUGCUGUGUCUGGCUGCUCUGCUCUUCAUGAGUGGGGCAACAACAGUACAAAUUACUACAUCAGAUUCAUCAACAACAACAGACCCACCAGAUACAACAACAACAGCUCCACCAGGUUCAUCUUUGUUUCAAGUGGGACCUGGAGCGACACAACUUUACCUGAGUGAUGGACAAUAUCAAACCAUUCAGCUGCAGCAAGCGUUCAAGUACGCUGGAAAAACAUACUAUCAGCUCUAUCUGAGUAUGGAUGGUUAUGUGGCUUUCUUCGUCCCAAAUGUCGAUGACGAAGUACCCAACCAAUAUCUAGGCAAAGACAUCAUUGCUCCACUGUGGACUGAUCUGGAUGCUGACCAAGGAGGAAGAUGGACCUACGAGCAGGCCACAAGCGGGCCUCUUAUAGCUCAAGCUGACCAAGAAAUUAACACGAUGUUCCCUUAUGCUUACUUUUCUGCUUCCUGGGUCUUUGUCUCCACUUGGGAAAAUGUACCAGUUGAAUAUGCUUCUUUCCAGGGUGCAUCACUUCAAGUCGUCUUGGCCUCGGAUGGUGGAGGUCGCUCUUUCGUCCUGAUGAACUAUGGAACCAUUCCUUCUAUUUACUCCCCUUACUGGCUGGCUGGCUAUGGCAUGGAGUACAGCAGUUUUGUCACCAUUCCAGUAAACUAUCCCUCUGAGCUGUCUUCAUCUAGUAACGUCAAUAUCCCUGGACGCUGGGCUUUUCAAUUUACAGAUACAUCAACAACAAUAUUUCCAACAGAUCCAUUAACAACAACAGCUCCACCAGGUUCAUCUUUGUUUCAAGUGGGACCUGGAGCGACACAACUUUACCUGAGUGAUGGACAAUAUCAAACCAUUCAGCUGCAGCAAGCGUUCAAGUACGCUGGAAAAACAUACUAUCAGCUCUAUCUGAGUAUGGAUGGUUAUGUGGCUUUCUUCGUCCCAAAUGUCGAUGACGAAGUACCCAACCGAUAUCUAGGCAAAGACAUCAUUGCUCCACUGUGGACUGAUCUGGAUGCUGACCAAGGAGGAAGAUGGACCUACGAGCAGGCCACAAGCGGGCCUCUUAUAGCUCAAGCUGACCAAGAAAUUAACAGGAUGUUCCCUUAUGCUUACUUUUCUGCUUCCUGGGUCUUUGUCUCCACUUGGGAAAAUGUACCAGUUGAAUAUGCUUCUUUCCAGGGUGCAUCACUUCAAGUCGUCUUGGCCUCGGAUGGUGGAGGUCGCUCUUUCGUCCUGAUGAACUAUGGAACCAUUCCUUCUAUUUACUCCUCUUACUGGCUGGCUGGCUAUGGCAUGGAGUACAGCAGUUUUGUCACCAUUCCAGUAAACUAUCCCUCUGAGCUGUCAUCAUCUAGUAACGUCAAUAUCCCUGGACGCUGGGCUUUUCAAUUUACAGAUACAUCAACAACAAUAUUUCCAACAGAUCCAUUAACAACAACAGCUCCACCAGGUUCAUCUUUGUUUCAAGUGGGACCUGGAGCAACACAACUUUACCUGAGUGAUGGACAAUAUCAAACCAUUCAGCUGCAGCAAGCGUUCAAGUACGCUGGAAAAACAUACUAUCAGCUCUAUCUGAGUAUGGAUGGUUAUGUGGCUUUCUUCGUCCCAAAUGUCGAUGACGAAGUACCCAACCGAUAUCUAGGCAAAGACAUCAUUGCUCCACUGUGGACUGAUCUGGAUGCUGACCAAGGAGGAAGAUGGACCUACGAGCAGGCCACAAGCGGGCCUCUUAUAGCUCAAGCUGACCAAGAAAUUAACAGGAUGUUCCCUUAUGCUUAUUUUUCUGCUUCCUGGGUCUUUGUCUCCACUUGGGAAAAUGUACCAGUUGAAUAUGCUUCUUUCCAGGGUGCAUCACUUCAAGUCGUCUUGGCCUCGGAUGGUGGAGGUCGCUCUUUCGUCCUGAUGAACUAUGGAACCAUUCCUUCUAUUUACUCCCCUUACUGGCUGGCUGGCUAUGGCAUGGAGUACAGCAGUUUUGUCACCAUUCCAGUAAACUAUCCCUCUGAGCUGUCGUCAUCUAGUAACGUCAAUAUCCCUGGACGCUGGGCUUUUCAAUUUACAGAUACAUCAACAACAAUAUUUCCAACAGAUCCAUUAACAACAACAGCUCCACCAGGUUCAUCUUUGUUUCAAGUGGGACCUGGAGCAACACAACUUUACCUGAGUGAUGGACAAUAUCAAACCAUUCAGCUGCAGCAAGCGUUCAAGUACGCUGGAAAAACAUACUAUCAGCUCUAUCUGAGUAUGGAUGGUUAUGUGGCUUUCUUCGUCCCAUAUAUCGAUGCUGAACUACCCAGCCAAUAUCUAGGCAAAGACAUCAUUGCUCCACUGUGGACUGAUCUGGAUGCUGACCAAGGAGGAAGAUGGACCUACGAGCAGGCCACAAGCGGGCCUCUUAUAGCUCAAGCUGACCAAGAAAUUAACAGGAUGUUCCCUUAUGCUUAUUUUUCUGCUUCCUGGGUCUUUGUCUCCACUUGGGAAAAUGUACCACUUGAAUAUGUUCCAUUCCAGGGCGCAUCACUUCAAGUCGUCUUGGCCUCGGAUGGUGGAGGUCGCUCUUUCGUCCUGAUGAACUAUGGGACCAUUCCUUCUAUUCCCUCCCCUCACUGGCUGGCUGGCUAUGGCAUGGAGAACAGCAGUUUCGUUACCAUUCCAGUAAACUAUUCCUCUGAGCUAUCUUCAUCUAGUAACGUCAAUAUCCCUGGACGCUGGGCUUUUCAAUUUACAGAUCCAUUAACAACAACAGCUCCACCAGGUUCAUCUUUGUUUCAAGUGGGACCUGGAGCUACACAACUUUACCUGAGUGAUGGACAAUAUCAAACCAUUCAGCUGCAGCAAGCGUUCAAGUACGCUGGAAAAACAUACUAUCAGCUCAAUCUGAGUAUGGAUGGUUAUGUGGCUUUCUUCGUCCCAUAUAUCGAUGCUGAACUACCCAGCCAAUAUCUAGGCAAAGACAUCAUUGCUCCACUGUGGACUGAUCUGGAUGCUGACCAAGGAGGAAGAUGGACCUACGAGCAGGCCACAAGCGGGCCUCUUAUAGCUCAAGCUGACCAAGAAAUUAACAGAAUGUUCCCUUAUGCUUAUUUUUCUGCUUCCUGGGUCUUUGUCUCCACUUGGGAAAAUGUACCACUUGAAUAUGUUCCAUUCCAGGGUGCAUCACUUCAAGUCGUCUUGGCCUCGGAUGGUGGAGGUCGCUCUUUCGUCCUGAUGAACUAUGGGACCAUUCCUUCUAUUCCCUCCCCUCACUGGCUGGCUGGCUAUGGCAUGGAGAACAGCAGUUUCGUUACCAUUCCAGUAAACUAUCCCUCUGAGCUGUCUUCAUCUAGUAACGUCAAUAUCCCUGGACGCUGGGCUUUUCAAUUUACAGAUCCAUUAACAACAACAGCUCCACCAGGUUCAUCUUUGUUUCAAGUGGGACCUGGAGCGACACAACUUUACCUGAGUGAUGGACAAUAUCAAACCAUUCAGCUGCAGCAAGCGUUCAAGUACGCUGGAAAAACAUACUAUCAGCUCUAUCUGAGUAUGGAUGGUUAUGUGGCUUUCUUCGUCCCAAAUGUCGAUGACGAAGUACCCAACCAAUAUCUAGGCAAAGACAUCAUUGCUCCACUGUGGACUGAUCUGGAUGCUGACCAAGGAGGAAGAUGGACCUACGAGCAGGCCACAAGCGGGCCUCUUAUAGCUCAAGCUGACCAAGAAAUUAACAGGAUGUUCCCUUAUGCUUACUUUUCUGCUUCCUGGGUCUUUGUCUCCACUUGGGAAAAUGUACCAGUUGAAUAUGCUUCUUUCCAGGGUGCAUCACUUCAAGUCGUCUUGGCCUCGGAUGGUGGAGGUCGCUCUUUCGUCCUGAUGAACUAUGGAACCAUUCCUUCUAUUUACUCCCCUUACUGGCUGGCUGGCUAUGGCAUGGAGUACAGCAGUUUUGUCACCAUUCCAGUAAACUAUCCCUCUGAGCUGUCUUCAUCUAGUAACGUCAAUAUCCCUGGACGCUGGGCUUUUCAAUUUACAGAUACAUCAACAACAAUAUUUCCAACAGAUCCAUUAACAACAACAGCUCCACCAGGUUCAUCUUUGUUUCAAGUGGGACCUGGAGCUACACAACUUUACCUGAGUGAUGGACAAUAUCAAACCAUUCAGCUGCAGCAAGCGUUCAAGUACGCUGGAAAAACAUACUAUCAGCUCUAUCUGAGUAUGGAUGGUUAUGUGGCUUUCUUCGUCCCAAAUGUCGAUGACGAAGUACCCAACCAAUAUCUAGGCAAAGACAUCAUUGCUCCACUGUGGACUGAUCUGGAUGCUGACCAAGGAGGAAGAUGGACCUACGAGCAGGCCACAAGCGGGCCUCUUAUAGCUCAAGCUGACCAAGAAAUUAACAGGAUGUUCCCUUAUGCUUACUUUUCUGCUUCCUGGGUCUUUGUCUCCACUUGGGAAAAUGUACCAGUUGAAUAUGCUUCUUUCCAGGGUGCAUCACUUCAAGUCGUCUUGGCCUCGGAUGGUGGAGGUCGCUCUUUCGUCCUGAUGAACUAUGGAACCAUUCCUUCUAUUUACUCCCCUUACUGGCUGGCUGGCUAUGGCAUGGAGUACAGCAGUUUCGUCACCAUUCCAGUAAACUAUCCCUCUGAGCUGUCAUCAUCUAGUAACGUCAAUAUCCCUGGACGCUGGGCUUUUCAAUUUACAGAUACAUCAACAACAAUAUUUCCAACAGAUCCAUUAACAACAACAGCUCCACCAGGUUCAUCUUUGUUUCAAGUGGGACCUGGAGCAACACAACUUUACCUGAGUGAUGGACAAUAUCAAACCAUUCAGCUGCAGCAAGCGUUCAAGUACGCUGGAAAAACAUACUAUCAGCUCUAUCUGAGUAUGGAUGGUUAUGUGGCUUUCUUCGUCCCAUAUAUCGAUGCUGAACUACCCAGCCAAUAUCUAGGCAAAGACAUCAUUGCUCCACUGUGGACUGAUCUGGAUGCUGACCAAGGAGGAAGAUGGACCUACGAGCAGGCCACAAGCGGGCCUCUUAUAGCUCAAGCUGACCAAGAAAUUAACAGGAUGUUCCCUUAUGCUUAUUUUUCUGCUUCCUGGGUCUUUGUCUCCACUUGGGAAAAUGUACCACUUGAAUUUGCUUCUUUCCAGGGUGCAUCACUUCAAGUCGUCUUGGCCUCGGAUGGUGGAGGUCGCUCUUUCGUCCUGAUGAACUAUGGGACCAUUCCUUCUAUUUACUCCCCUUACUGGCUGGCUGGCUAUGGCAUGGAGAACAGCAGUUUUGUCACCAUUCCAGUAAGCGAUUCCUCUGAACUGUCGUCAUCUAGUAACGUCAAUAUCCCUGGACGCUGGGCUUUUCAAUUUACAGCUACAACUCCAAGUCCAACAACAACACUAGCACCCUGUCAGAUCCUGAACUGUGCUUGGGAUGAAGUCUGUAGGCAGAUAAAUGGAGCGUAUGGCUGCGCCUGUGGGUACAUUCCAACGCCCAGCCCGAAUGCUUAUGAUGCCACUGAAACCUGUUCAGGCAGUACUGGAUCACUGUCUCUGUCUCGCUGUCAGCUCUUUGAAGCUGGAUUUUCUGCAGAUGUUCUCCACCUCAAUGACCCAAACUGCAAAGGGGUGGUCCAAAAUAACAGGCUGGUGUUCAACUUUGACAGUAAUGCCAACAUGUGUGGCACAACUCUGGAGAAUAACGCCACACACAUCAUCUUCAAGAACAACGUUGGGACGACUGACGGGAUAGGUGUGAUCAGUCGCACUGGUGGGCUCAACAUUGCCUUUUCCUGUGUGUAUCCACUCGUCCAGAGCAUCUCCAUGCGCACGGCCAUCCAAGCCACAGGAAGUGUAAUCAGCAAGGAUCUGUCUACUGAGGGCUCGUACCAGAUCAGCAUGAUCCCUUAUACUGAUGAUACAUUCCUGGUUCCAUUCUUUGGCAAUGUGACCCUAGAAGUGAACCAUCAGAUGUAUAUAGCCGUGCAAGUGGAUCGAUUUGAUAGCUCUCAGAUCGCUCUUGUGCUAGACAGCUGCUGGGCCACACCUGUCAACCAGACUGACUAUUCCAUCCGCUGGGACCUGAUCAUUAAUGAGUGUCCAAACCCCGCUGAUGGCACAGUGCAAGUGUUGCAGAACGGCGUCUCCACAUCCAGCCACUUCUCAUUCAGGAUGUUCACAUUCACUGGCUUCUCUACCAAGGUCUACCUGCACUGCCAGGUCCAUCUCUGUCUGCUGGAGAAAGGCAACUGUGCACUGCCAUGCACUGGAGGACAUUCCAGAAGACGGAGAUCUGUAGAUUUCUAUGACUCAGCUGGCAUUACCAUGGCAUUCUGAUUUGUUUUUUCUUGAACCUUAGUGCUGUCAUUUCAUUUUUAUCUUUGUUCUAUGUUUAAUCAUAAUCAUUAAGUAUUGCUUUAAUAAUAAAUGCAAAUAUCAUCAAAAUUACACUAUUAUCCAUAAAACUUUGUGAUUGUAUCCAUCUGUACCUUAAUACUUCAUAAUAAAGCUUUCAAGCAUUUUAUUCUUUUUGCUUUUAUUAUCUUUAUACCUC